AAAAAACAUAUAUACAUAUAUACAUAUUUAUAUGUUGUUAUGUGUUUAUGCAAUUAAUAUCUCGUAUAAAUCAUGAGAAUCCGCAAAAGUACCGUAACAUUCGGUUUGCUUCUAUGCUACUCUCAACAUCUGUAGCCUGUAGCCUACAUCUAGGCGUUUUCAUUUGAAGUGACUAAAAGUGCUGAUAUAGAUUUGAUUAUCAUCUUGUGUCUUGUGCGUUUGUCGGUGCCAAAAGUGUGCACUAAUGGAUGCGAGUUAAUGUGCACAGCGCGCCGCCUCGGGACAUUUUAAGGUGAUACAAAUAAGGGAAAACAUUAAUUCCGCCGACAUUUCAGGCAGCCUCUAAGUGAAUGCAAAUAUACAAACAUAAAUAGAAAGUGAAAGUGUAGAAAGGCUACAAAUCUGGCUUUACACACACAAACAAAUAUAGCACACAUACAUACAUACAAAUUUACAUUUUCCCAUUAAGUGAAAAUAUAGUAAAUUUUGAGCAGAAUUGAGUAGCGCUCCUCACCUAACGGCCAUCUGUAAAAAGUUACAUUGUUGCGAGAAGAAAAAUAUUACUCACUUAAAUGGACUUUUAAGAGCGAAGUGUUCGAUGAAAUCGAUUUAUCCGAUUUGUGCACCGCUGAAUGUAGUAUUAAGAAUAUAAAUCAUAGUUUUCAGGUAAUCACCGCCACACGUUCACUUGUGCUUUGUGCUGAAUCACGCCGCGAAAUGGAAGACUGGCUUAGCUCGCUGAAAUCCGCCUCAAUACCGGCGCGAGCGCGUGGCGAUAGCUUCUUCAUUGAACAACAUGAUUUAUUCUCCAAUCAUCAUCAUUGGUAUGCGACCUCCCACGCCCGUCCCACCUUCUGCAAUGUAUGCCGCGAUGUACUCUCCGGCGUUACCUCACAUGGCCUCUCUUGUGAGGUGUGCAAAUGCAAAGUGCAUAAACGUUGUGCUGCCAAAGCCAUUGCCAAUUGUAAAUGGACGACAUUGGCCACCGUCGGUAAGGAUAUCAUUGAGGAUCGCGACGGAAGUAUUAUCAUGCCACAUCAAUGGAUGGAGGGUAAUUUACCGGUCUCAUCGACCUGCUCGGUUUGUAAGAAGACAUGCGGUUCUGUUUUGCGUUUACAAGAUUGGCGUUGUUUAUGGUGUCGCGAAACGGUACAUGUUGCUUGUCGACCACAAAUUGCAGUCGCUUGUCCACUAGGACCGGCCAAGCUGUCAGUUGUGCCGCCUACCUGUGUACAUUCCAUUGGCAAUGAUGACUCCUGGGAUGUGGAGAGUCCAAAGGGUAACUUUUCGCCACUGUUGGUUUUCGUCAAUUCGAAAUCAGGAGACAAUCAGGGAGUGAAGUUUUUGCGACGCUUCAAGCAGUUAUUAAACCCAGCUCAAGUUUUCGAUCUCAUAUCCACCGGUCCCAGUUUGGGUUUGCGGCUCUUCAGACGUUUCGAAAUGUUUCGAAUAUUGGUUUGCUCCGGCGACGGUUCUGUGGGCUGGGUGCUCAGCGAGAUUGAUCGUUUCAGUAUGCAUAAACAAUGUCAAGUAGCAGUACUGCCUCUUGGUACCGGCAACGAUUUGGCGCGUGUUUUGGGCUGGGGCUCAUCUUGUGAUGAUGACGCACAUCUGCCCCAAAUACUCGAGCGUUAUGAAUCUGCUAGCACCAAAAUGUUGGAUCGUUGGAGCAUAAUGGUAUUCGAAAAGGCUGUCGCCGUGCAACCGAAGACGCCGAAAAUGUCAUUGUCGAGCGCACAAGAAGCACUACUUACCGGCAUGGUAACGUCGGCUAAUUUAAACUUGCGCAACAUUGUCGAGACCGAUGAUUCGCAGACGCUUAUUACUGCCACCAAAACGCUCUGCGAAACGCUCGACGAACUGAUGGUUCAGAUCUCUGAAAGUCGUAAGGAUGAUGAACAAUUACUGGUGAAAUGUGACAUACUUCGUGAGAAGUUAGCCAUGUUAUUGGAAGCUUUGCGCGAAGAAGAGACCGGUGCGCACGCGGGCGAUGACCUCUUAACGACAAUCAGUAGCAUUAUAUCAAAGAGUGCUGCCGCCUCUCCAACUGCUUCUACAACGCCCUCGACAUCAGCUUCACUGCUCAAUCCAAACAUAUCAAUCGAGAAAGACGAGAAGGAUCAAUUUAAUACAAAUGAGCGACGCAAUAGUCGCUCCUUACAGUCUACAGAACGCGAGUCGCUACAAUGUCGGGCCAACAGUGUUAAACGUGCCAUGUACAAUGUCAUCGAACACUCGGAACCAGGCAGACCCAAGCGCUAUCAGCGCAAGCUAUCCAUAACGCCAUUCGAAGCUUUAAAACUACCAACUAAUGCAUCGGGUGAAUCUACCCCUUGCUCUUCACCAUUACCCAUUAUACCGCCAAUUAACAUAAUAUCGCCCACCAUGGAAACCUCUCGCCUAACUUGCAUAUCGCCACUACCGGAUACUCGUCGCGACUCCGUCGACGAGAACUUCUUCAAUGCGAUUAGCAUACCAGUGCCACGUCAAUUUGCGGAUAGUCGCCGCAGUUCAGGCGUGCCCGAAGUAAUACAAGAGAUAGAAGAAAAUGGACAAGGAGGAAAUAGUGAGAUUGUCUAUCGUGUCGGCAGAUUAUCACUAAGUGGUGGUGCUAACAUUGAUGAUUUCGGCAAUCCAUUACCCAUAGUUGGUGAAAAUUCUGAUGUAAACUCACCCUCCGAACGUAAAAUCGACUUUCUUAGUGUGCCGAUAUUGACAAGCGAUCAGAUUGUAGAUCCUCUUUCGGACUACCGUCCAAUAGAGGUAUUCGAACGCAACUACUACAUGAGUCGUGAAUUGGAUAAGGAAAAGAAACUCAAGCAAAGUAUGAGCGCCAAUAGGGAGUGCAACUAUGAAGAAGGCAAGGAGGAGAAAACAAUGCCCGAAAAGUCUAAGGCGUUACGUUUUGAUGACGAAGUUUGUCAGUUGCAGGUACCCAACGUAGUCAUACCCCCUAAAGCCCCAAAUGUAUACUCAAGCGAAACCAUAACGAUCAUUGAUACAGACGUAGCCCCUGAAUUAUCCUCGUCGGAUGAGUUACCAGGUGGCGAGGCUAGCGAUGUGCUAUCAGCCAUUGGUGAUGAGGAGUGCAGCGUAGCCUCCGAGAUAUUUGACAGGCAACAAGAAGGUCAAGAUCUAGACCGCCCACUGCAGUUAGGAGACAUAAUACAGAACCUCGAUGCAAACUCUUUCACACACAUCGACUCGCCAGAAACGAGCGAUGAAACGGAAGUCGUGCCAGGCGAAUCGUUUAUGGAUGAUAUUAGUUCGGUACUGGGCCAUGACAUAGCAUGCGCCUUGCAAGACAAUACCAUAACCGACGAUACACCAACCCUUUGCUCGGACAAUCAACCGCCGCCACUAAAAUCUAUACGCAAGAAAUCGCUCAGCAUGGGUGGACAACGCAGCAUACGCCGGAACUCAUCACCGCCACGGCACGCACAAUUGGCACGCAUGGACAGCGAUGAGAAUCCGCAACAAUUCGGUUUCGAGAAUAUCGUUUUCGAAAUCGACAAUCGCUGCGAUGAUCAGAAGAUUCGUGAGCCGCCAAGGUACUGCAGUUUGGCACAGUUUGUCGAGGGUAAUGACAUAGCGCGCCAAAGCUUCAAGCGCCCGAAAAAGCGUUCGUCCGUACGCAAACCUAAAUCCUCCAUACUUAUCUCGCAACAACAACUCUCAAUUGAUGCAUCUACCACAACAACUUCCGCAACACACGCGAACGGCCAACAGACUGAGGAUGAAUUGACCACAAAAAUGGCUAUUAAGAUUGAGGUAUGCGACAUCGAGACCUAUGCACACAUGGAUAGUGGGGAGAACUUGGAAACGCCGUCAAUGCCUUAUGCCCAAAGCCAGCCGAAUGUAGCCACAAUGCCCCACAGCACAUUGAACAACCAAUCAACAAUAACAACAGCAACAACGCUUGGCUCAGCAUUGAGCUCAUCGCCGAAAAAAUACGGACACGGACAAGAUGUAAAGCGCAUUACUUUUGAUGAGUCGUGUAAGAAAGAAUCCUUUGAUGAUGUAAAUCCAAACUAUCCGCAGAUAAGUGUAGUUGUGCGCCCACCAACCCCAUUACGUGGAGACGCUAUCAAACCGAUGAAUGCAGCGUCGGCAGCCAGCCUACUGUCGGCCCGUAUGCUGCCGAUGGAGUUGAGGCGACACUCAAGUCAUGCAACAACCAGUCUAGCGGUGCGAGAGCAUGCCGAGAAGGAUCGUCGACAUUCGGGCUUCAAUCCAAAUUUGUUAAGUUUAGAUCCGGAGCAUACGAAAUUCUUAAGCUCGUCACCAGCAGCAAGUCGACGCAUCAGCUGUGGCAGUCUCUUCAAGCCAAAUGAGGCGUUACCAAAUCUGCAGACACUUAAAGGCUCCAAGUCCAGUCUUUUUAUGGGUUCGGCAUUAUUUGGAUUCGAUCAUUUUGGCGGUGGCAGUGGUGGCGGUAAUCCAGGUGGUGACAAAGAACGUGACGAUAAGAGCAAAAAAGAUAAGGAGCGGCUACUUGGCGCUGAAGAUGGCGCUAGGAAAAUGCCGAUAAUUAAUCCACUUGUACGCCUACCAAAUUGGCCAACCUUAGCCAAUAGUUCCGGGUUCAUCUCCAAAUGCUUGCUAGCAAAUGCAGAUACGCUCUGCGCUGCUGUUAGUCCACUAAUGGAUCCCGAUGAAACCCUGCUGGCAGGCUAUCAUGAGAAAUGCGUUAUGAACAAUUACUUUGGUAUUGGCAUAGAUGCCAAGAUCUCGCUCGAUUUCCAUAACAAACGGGAAGAGCACCCCGAGAAGUGUCGCUCGCGUGCCAAAAACUAUAUGUGGUACGGUGUGUUGGGUUCGAAGCAGCUAUUGCAGAAAACAUGUAAAAAUCUCGAGCAACGAGUGCAGUUGGAAUGUGAUGGGCAGCGUAUACCGCUGCCAUCCCUGCAGGGCAUUGUCAUAUUGAACAUACCCAGCUUUAUGGGCGGCACGAAUUUCUGGGGCUCCAGUAAGAAGGACGAUAUCUUCCUUUUGCCCAGCUUUGACGAUCGCAUACUCGAAGUUGUCGCCGUGUUUGGUUCGGUGCAAAUGGCCGCCUCGCGUCUCAUAAACUUACAGCAUCAUCGCAUAGCCCAAUGCCAGAGUGUGCAAAUAAAUAUUUUGGGCGAUGAAGAGAUACCCAUACAAGUUGAUGGCGAAGCUUGGCUACAACCACCCGGCAUGAUUCGUAUACUACACAAGAAUCGCGUACAAAUGCUUUGUCGUAAUCGUCAUUUGGAAAUAUCACUGAAAUCCUGGCAAGAAAAGCAGCGUCAACAUAGCAUAUCCAUACAGCGCGAACAAUCAUCGACUGCAUCCGAGCAUGCCAUGUCUACGGAUGAGGUGCUGUCGGAACGUGAAUGCUAUGUACUCUUGAACUUCAUUGAGGCUGUCAGUUCGCUUGUAAAAUGGGUGAAAUUCCUUAUAAUUUCACAUCCAUCUUUGCAACACGAUUUGUAUGCUGUGGCUUGUCGCGCCGCCGAAGUACUCGAAUCCAUACAUCCGGAUGGCAAAUUACUUGAGGGGCCCACACUACGCACCAAACUUGUGGAGGUUAUCGAGUCGGCGCGUCAAUUGUACGAGGACUCCUGCAAUUUAUUACGGGAUCGUGCACAUAGCUUAAUAUUGAGAGAGGAUCUCGAGUCGAAGUUGAGCGCUGCCUUGGCCAAUAUCGAAAUGGAGCUGAAAAAGUGUUCGGUUCAGAAGAGUUUUGAUGGGAAAUUGCGCGCUUACUUCAACGCUUUGGCGCCAAAUGAAGAGGGUGAUGGCCGUCGCAAAUCGCGCCACUUCUGGGUGCGUCUGCGCUCUGGUUCCACCGUGGGACAGACACAACUGAAGCCACCACUAACGACAACACGCGAAGCUGCCAGCAAUUGGAGUGUCGACGAAGUGGUCACUUGGCUAGAAACAAUGCAGCUCUCCGAAUAUGUGGAGAGCUUCAUGAAGAACGAUAUACGCGGCAAAGAGCUACUAACACUAGGCAGAAGAGAUCUCAAAGAUUUGGGUGUAGUUAAAGUGGGGCACGUCAAACGCAUAUUGCAAGCAAUCAAGGAUAUGAACGAGAACUAAAAGGCGGGCGCUUGUGUGUAGUAACAAAUUAGUGCUUGUGGUAUAACGGUACUUACUUGGAAUAAAAUGAAAGCACAUCUUAAAGUUGUUAAGGCGAAAAACAAAGGUAUAAGUGAACUUUUUGACGACGAGCAAAAAUGCAUAAAACAAUCAUCUAGUAAUAAAUUAAAUAGACUAUAAGGCAGAUUGACAAGUAGAAAGCUAUUAAUAAGUUACAAAUACUUAUUAAAUGGUGUUUUUUUUUUUUUUGUAAUGGAGAAGUUCGCAUGCUAAUCAAAUGCAUUACUAAAACAAAAAUAAAAGUAAUUUUAAUUAAAAUUUUUUAAACAACUAAAAUGUUGCUUAAAAACAUAUAAACGAAGUAGUCAAAUGCAGUGGUAAAUGUGCACCUUGAGUAAUUACAAUAUUAUAAAUUAAAAAAAAAAUAACUCAAUUAAAUACAAAAACAAAAAUAUUUUACACUUAUCAAAAAUUUAAACUUAUUUAUUAUAAUUGCUAUAAACGAAUUUAAAUGUAGUUACAAAAUGUAUUAUUGGUCAAUGUACCUCAGGAGUUUUUUGGGUGCAACUAUAAAGUAAAAAUUUUUAUGAAAAAUUUAAGAAGAUUUAAAUUCACACACAAACUGAACACAGCAAUGUAACAAACAUUUCUUUACGCUUUUAACAUUUAGGUAGACAAAAUUACAACUUCGAAAUUUAUCAGAGAAGCGAACCUUCGAGCAAAAUUAAAAAUUGAAUUCUAAAUUUAUAAGCAAUUUAAAGUCUAACUAUCGUUAAUAUUUAACAGUAAUAUCAUUAUAAUUCUAUAAAUUGUAGCUCCACUCUCACACCCGACACACCCACUACUGUAUAUAUACAAAUAUUAUGUGUUAAGCGUAAAUUAAUGUAAUAAGUAUAAAUUUUAUAAUUUUGUAAUCCACAAAGCGUUUUAAAUGUGUAACAAAAUGUUUAGAAAUCAGUAAAUUACCGUAAAAUCUCAAUUACUCUGUAAGGCAAAGGCAAUUAGCUAUCAGGUGUACUUUCCAACGGCACAUAGGAGAAGUCCAAUAUUUUUCUGGAGCAGUUAUUUGCAGUUAACUGAAUUCUAUGUUAAACAUAACUGUAAAAGAAAUAUUAAAAUAAUUGUUAGCUUUCAAUUAUUUUAGUUGAGGCGGGACCAACACUUUACUAACAGAACAAGUGAGAGAAGAACUGAGUAAAACGCAGUUGAACGGAAACCACUAUUUUUGUGCCUAACAUUAUUUCAACAAUAAAGCAGGUUUGAAACAGUUUUCGAAUAGUAAAUGGUUAUCAAAGCCGGUUGACCAGCUCGCGCCGCAGUUAUUCAUUUCCUGCAUUUGUUUCGAAAGAAAAAUUUAUAUUUCAUUCAAAAAAAGGUCCCUUUAUAAAAUUAUGAUUAAGAUGAGUUAUGAACUUAAACCCAACUUUAAAGUUUUUGUUACCAAAAGUUAAUUCCGAUAAAAUGUUUUAUCUUAGGUUUAGGUAUACAACCUUGCAUUAUCUACGAUUUACAUGAUUACAUAUAGUUUAAAGGUAAAUUUAGCUGCAUAUUUAAGCACUUACAUUAACGGUAACCUAUAAAUUAGUAUAAACGCAUAUGUAGACUUAUGUAUAUGCAUAAGUCAAUUAAUAUUAAGUCUUAAAAAAAAACCGAAACCCGACGAAAGUAUUAAAUAUUUUAUAAUUAUUAAAUAUAGACACAUUUUAUUUAUAAGAAAACAAAUAAAACAUUUUUGAAAUUUUUCCUCGUACGUCUCCUAUUGGGGAAGAUUUUGAAAAUGCCUUAAGAGUAACUAUAAAUGGAAAACUUAAACAAAACGAAGUAAAUUUAACUGUAAACAAACCUUUUGAGUAUGUCUUAUUUUUUCGCUGAGAAAAAAAGUAUGAGCCCAGAUAUACUCAAGAUGUUUUAGAAAAAAUUAAAACUCAAUGAUGACAUAAACACAUUGUCUUAAUUUAAUGGUCAAAAAAACUAAAGUUUUACAAA